AUGGAGUUUAAUUUCGAGAAAUCGCUUCAAAUAUUUCUAACGCCCAUGAAAAUUACACGCACCCAUCCGAAAAUGGACAAAAACUUCAAAUGGUUCAUUCAAUACUGUAUCUGUCAUUUACCGUUCAUACUUCAUUAUAUUAUUAUAACCUACAAUUCAUAUUUGAACGCGAAGAACAACAAUUUCUCUGCAGCAUGCAAAAAUGGCAUCAUAAGCUUGACUUUUCUUGGUAUAUGGUUGAACAAUAUCAUCAUGCUGUGGCAUAGGGACGCAAUGAACAAACUCUUGGACUUGAUGGAGAACGAUUACAAAAUGGCAGCUAAACUGUCAAAAGAAGAACAAGAAAUCUUCAGGAGAUAUGACCAAAAGAAGACCCUCGUUUGCAAAGUCUGGUUGGUCGUGUACACAAUGUCUUUUCUUCUAUUCUGUGUCAAAGCUAUUGUAAUGAUGAUUUAUUAUCUCCUAAUCGGAGAGCCGAAACUGGUGCAUUUGUAUGACCUGGUCUACCCAGAUGCAAUAGAUAGAAGGAAGGGAGAAUUCUUCGUGUUUAUACUCAUAACGUUCUUCACAUUUUCUUACGGCAUUUAUGCUGGGCUGGUAUACGUGAGCUUUCUCCCUUGUGGGCCUGUGCUCAUGCUGCACGCGUGUGGACAUUUGGAGAUGGCUAAGAAACGAACGGAAUCGCUCUUUGUUGGAAACCAAGAAGACAUUAAUGAAAAGUUGAAAGAAAUUGUGUUAAUUCUUCAGUAUACUUACCAAUUCGUUGGCAUAGUGAACGAUUGUUUCAAAGUAUUUUACGAAGCUACAUUAAAACUAUCCGCCGUUUCACUACCAGUCACAUUUUACGCAUUACUUGAGGGUCUCCAACGUGGAUUCCUAAGUUUGGAAUUUUCCUCUUUUAUCCUAAGUGGGAUGGCUCUCAGCAGUGCCCCGUGCUACUUCAGCGAUAUGUUGUUGGCUAAGGGAGAAGAAGUGCGACUAGCGCUGUACUCCUGCGGGUGGGAAUGUGAGCACAACCGGCGCGUGCGCAUCACUAUACUGCUGCUACUCACGCGCUGCUCCCGACCGAUAGCUGUGCAGACUAUGUUCACUACUCUCUGUCUUGAUAGGCUGUCAGAUAUGUUUCACCAAGCUUACACAAUAUUUAAUCUCAUGAACGCAGUGUGGACUUAA